CGCGGCGACCGGAGCCGGAUGUGCCAAGAUGGCUGCUGCGGCUGCCGUGUCUGCGCUCGUUUCAACCGUCGGGUCGUCUUCCGCCGGUGGCUCCUGAGGGGCCGGCGCCGGGAGUCGCCGAGGGGCCGGGCGGGAGCCGGCGGGAGCCCCGGCCGCUCUGCGGCGCUCGGUUCCAACUAAGGAAACCUUGAAUCCCGCUCCCUUCCUUCCGUGAGCAGCGUCUAACCCUGCAAGGGCUCAGCCAUGCAGCCGCCGCCCCAGGCUCUCCCUUCGGGCGUGGUCGGGCCGCCUCCCGCUGGGAGCCCGCAGAGCUCGCUGUGGUCUAGCAGCCCGUACAGGAGACAGGCCGGCAGUAACGCCCCAGUGGCCCCGAUACCUCGCCCGCCGCAGCCGGUGACGGAUCCCUUUGCCUUCAGUAGGCAGGCGCUCCAGAGUCCAUCGCCGGGCAGUUCGUUGAAAAGCAGCCUGCCCGCUUUGCAAGGCCCAGCCCAGCCGGCGUUUCUUCAGCGCACUGGCCUGCCCAUGCCUCCCACGAAUGUCGGGGGGAGCGCCCAGGGACCCUGCGAGCCUCUGCCAGGGCCUCUGUCACAGCCCAGGGCGGAUGCCAGCCCGUUUGCUGGUGUGUCGACCCCCUCAGCACCGCCUGGGCCCGAGAGGAACAGGAGUGCCGAGGCCGCGCCAGGCCUGGAUCCAGAAGUUCAGGCACUGCCGUACCUUCCGCAGUACAUUCCAGGGGCGGCGCCCGGCAGUCCCCCUGGGGGCCGUCCCCAGGGCAGCCUGCCCCGGCCCGACGCCCCCCUCAGUAGGCCGGGCCUGCACGAUGGGGCCAGGGCCCUAGCUGCCUCCCCUCUUUUCCCUCAGCCGUGUCAGCAGAUGCCAGGGCAGUGGGGGCCGGGGCAGGGAGGCCCUCCGCCUGCGGGUCAGCAUUACCGGCCCUGCCCGGAAGGACCUGUUCAGAAUGCGGUGCCCCACACCUCCAGUGUCGCCCCCUUUCCUGGCCCACCCAGCCUGCGUCAGGGUCCUGGCCACGGGCAGCCCAGCCUCCUGGCGUCUCUACCGGGACCGUCGCCUGGUGACGGAAGAAACGACGCAGCCUUGCUGCAUGGUGGACGCCGUACAGCAAAUAGCUUUGAUCCCGAGGAUGCGUUCGGGCAGACUUCCGGAGCCGGGAAUGCUUGGGCGAGCCAGGCCUUCUGGUCCAGUCCAGGCCGGAGAAAAGAAGAGCAGCUGCCAGACCUCGCGCUUGUUAAUCCUCUCGCUCAGGGAAAUAGCCCAGAAAGCCGUCUGCACUCGCCGCUGGGGGCCGGGCGCGGCUGGGCCCUGCCAGAAGCAGGCUCGGGAGCCCUCCCCAGGUUUCUCAGAGGCCGAGAGACAGAGAACGAAGAGAACCUCUCAUCCGCACCAGCAGGCUCUGCUGGUCAGUCCGACGUGGACGGCGUCUCCCCGGGCCCGGGCCACAUGGCAGGGGGAGGUGGUUACCAGGCCUUUCGAGGAGGCGCCCACAGCGAGCCCGCACCGCAGGGAGGAGACGCGAAGCCCUACUUUGCUCAGUCCGCCAGUAUCCGCCACGAUGACCCGGCUCCUAAAGAUGCCACUGCUGCUGCCGCCACUGAAUUAUGGGGCGACACAGCGUGUGCGGGGACUCGGAGUGCGGGCAGCUCACAGUAUGAGAACGUGGAGAACUUGGAGUUCGUUCAGAACCAAGAGGUCCCGCCCAGUGAGCCCCCGAGCCUGGACCCUUCCUCCCCGAGUGAUCAGCCCAGGUACGGGCCCCCUCCCGGGCCGGCCGUCCCGAGGUUCAGUGCUGGGGGCCACGCUGGAGGCGGCAGCCCAAACCUCGAGGCCCUGGAUGCUGUGGCGCGUCCUGUGCGGUCUGACAGCGUGUCCUCCAGUUACAGCAGCAAGAGCCACCGGGGUCCUCCAGGGGUGGCCAGGCCCCCGGACGCAGGGGGCACCUUCAUUCAGCAGGAGGUCGGGAAACCUGAAGAUGAGGCGCCAGGGAGGUUUUUUAAGCAAAUCGAUUCCUCUCCUGUCGGAGGCGAGGCAGAUGGGACCACGGUGAGCCAGAGCUACCGCAGCAGCCUGCCCCAGCCCUCGACCCCGAGCCCCCCGAAACCUACGGGAACCUUUCAGACGAGUGCAAAUAGUUCUUUUGAGCCAGUGAAAUCCCACCUGGUCGGAAUAAAGCCGGUCGAGGCAGAUCGUGCCAACGUGGUGGGUGAAGUGAGGGGGCCCCGCGCCCACCUGAAGCAGCACCGACUGGCCGCUGCGGCGCCCGCCGCCUCCCCCGGCAACCUGGAGCAGCCGCCCGACAACCUGGAGACCCUCUUCCUGCCGCCGCCGGGCCACGCACCGCCCCUCCCCGCGCCUGCGGAAGCCGGCCCGGGGCCUCUGCGCGCCGGGGCGCUGCCCCCGGAGCCUGCGCUUCCAACACCCGAGAAAAGGCCCUCGACCAGGGCCCAGGGCGCCGUGAAGUGCGAGAGCCCAGCGACGACUCUCUGGGCCCAGAACGAGCUGCCGGAUUUUGGGGGCAAUGUCCUUCUGGCCCCCGCGGCUCCUGCGCUUCAGGUCCCCGCAAAGCCCCAGCCCUCCGAGGUGAUCCAGCCCCCGGAUGAGGGGGCGUCCGGGCCGCAGUCCCGGCAGCCCGGCCCCGGCCCCGGCGUGCAGAGUGGGGCCGGCAUCGGUGCUUCUGAGAACCUGGAGAACCCUCCGCAGCUGGGCGCCGACGAGGCCCUCCCGGCCCAGGCGGGUCCCGCGUACGCCAGUCUGCUGUCCGCCCCGCCCGCCGAGGCUUUGCAGCAUCAGCCGGUCCUGAUCGCCCAGCCCGAUCGCAGCUACAGUCUGGCUCAGCCCAUUAAUUUCUCUGUGUCCUUGUCGGGUCCUCCCGAGAGGCCUCAGCCCUGGAGGGACCCUGUGGCGGGAGACAAGCCCACAGCCGGCAGCCGGGCUCUGGGGGGCGAUCCUGGAGAGCGGGCCCCUCUGUCUGGGGCGCCAGCCGGCACGCUUGUCUGCUCGCCCCUGCCUAACCAGCUCGCCCAGAGUCACUUCCCACAGGGGCCUGGUGCCUCUGAAACAGCGUCUCAUCAGCCUGCUCACGCGCUGGUUCAGCCACCGUCUCAUCUGUUUCCAAAGACCACGCUCGCAGAAAGUCCCAAGGUUCCUCCCGCGGAGACCCUCCUGCCCGAGGCAGCGGACGGUCCCGCCGGCAGCACCGGCGUGAUGUUGGUGCCGCCUGCAGACAGCGCCUCGGUGUCUGAGAGUCACAAGGCGGGCCCCGCCGGGGGUCGGGGGGGCGCUCCAGGGGCCCUCGACUCUCCCCUUGGUCGGCCUCUGGACGCCCCCCUGGGCGCGUACAGCCCCGCCCUGCCCGAUGGCCCUGCUUCUUGUCAGCAAAGUGGCGCCGGUCAUCCCAGGCCGCCCGGGCCGGGGCCACGCAGCCCAGACCACUUCUACCAGCAGGUGACCUUGGACGCCCCCUCACAGCCUCCAAAUCCAGGGAGCCCACCGGCGCUUGGGCAGCCCCCAAACCCGGCCCGGCCACUUGCGAGUCCGGCUCCGGCCGACGUGGGCCCGCAGCCGCCGCCGCCGCCCCGGCCGCCUCGCUCCUCCAGCGCAUCCGUCGUGUCCAGCAGCUCGAGCCAGGCGGCUGCCCGCUCAGACCCGCAGUGGCUGCUGCCUCCGCCCCCAGACUUGACGUCGCACUACUACUUCCAGUCGCUGUACGAGGGCUUCCCGCCCCCGUACGCCUGCCCCUACCCGCUGGAUCUUGGCGCAGCCCCCCACUACCAGCAGGACCUCUACAGCCUCUACGAUCCCCGGUACAGGGCCUAUGACAGUGCCGCCUACGCCGAGAGCUACCGCUACCCCGAGCCCGAGCGGCCCAGCUCCCGGGCCAGCCACUGCUCCGACCGGCCAGCUGCCAGGCAGGCGUAUCCUGAAGGGCACUAUCAUUCCAAAGGCGGCUGGAGCAGUCAGAGCGCCUACUAUGCAAACUAUUACUCGCGCCAGUACGACUACGGAGACCCAGGCCGCUGGGAUCGGUACCACUACGGCCCCCGGGUCCGGGAUCCCCGCACCUACGACCGGAGGUAUUGGUACGAAGCCGAGUACGAGGCCUACAGGAGAGAAAACCAUGCUUAUGGUGACAGGCCCGAGAAGUACGACGACCACUGGAGGUACGACCCCCGCUUUGCCGGCAGCUUCGACGACGAGCCCGAGCCCCCCCGGGACCCAUACGGGGAGGAGGCGGACCGGCGCAGCGCCCACAGCGAGCCCUCGGCGCCCAGCCUGCGCAGCCGCCGCAGCAGCUUCAGCUCCCACUCCCACCAGAGCCAGGUCUACAGGGCCCAUGACGCGGCCGCCGGGCCCUACGAGGCGCCGCCUCCGCCCGGCUCCUUCCACGGCGACUAUGCCUACGGCACCUACGGCGGCCCGGGCUUCCCCGAGUUCGGCUACGCCGCCGACGCCACCUGGCCCUCGGUGGAAGCAGCUCCGUCAAGACCAACUUCCCCUGAGAAGUUCUCGGUGCCUCAUGUCUGUGCCAGGUUUGGUCCGGGGGGCCAGCUUCUUAAAGUGAUUCCAAACCUGCCUUCAGAAGGCCAGCCUGCCCUGGUCGAAAUUCACAGCAUGGAGACCCUGCUGCAGCACACACCGGAGCAGGAGGAGAUGCGGGCUUUCCCGGGCCCUCUCGGCAAAGAUGACACCCAUAAAGUGGAUGUUAUUAAUUUUGCACAGAACAAAGCUACAAAAUGUUUGCAGAAUGAACAUUUAAUUGACAAAGAGUCUGCAAGUCUCCUUUGGAGUUUCAUUGUCCUGUUAUGCAGGCAGAACGGGACGGUGGUGGGCACAGACGUCGCGGAACUGUUGUUACGCGACCACAGGACCGCGUGGCUUCCUGGGAAGUCGCCCGAUGAGGCCAACCUGAUUGAUUUCACCAACGAGGCCGUGGAGCAGGUGGAGGAGGAGGAGUCCGGGGAGGCCCAGCUCUCAUUUCUCACAGACAGUCAGGCCGCCAGCAGCCUGGAGAAGGAGACGGAGAGGUUCAGGGAGCUGCUCCUCUACGGCCGGAAGAAGGAUGCCUUAGAGUCCGCGAUGAAGAGCGGCUUGUGGGGUCAUGCCCUGCUGCUGGCCAGUAAGAUGGACAGCCGGACACACGCCCGAGUCAUGACCAGGUUCGCCAACAGCCUCCCGAUCAACGACCCCCUGCAGACGGUCUACCAGCUGAUGUCAGGGCGGAUGCCGGCCGCGUCCACGUGCUGUGGAGAUGAGAAGUGGGGGGAUUGGAGGCCCCAUCUCGCCAUGGUGCUGUCCAACCUGAACAACAACGUGGAUGUGGAGUCCAGGACGAUGGCCACCAUGGGUGACACGCUGGCCUCCAAGGGUCUCCUGGACGCCGCCCACUUUUGCUACCUCAUGGCCCAGGUUGGAUUUGGGGUCUAUACCAAGAAAACCACAAAACUUGUCUUAAUCGGAUCCAACCACAGUUUGCCGUUUUUCAAGUUUGCGACCAACGAAGCCAUUCAGAGGACAGAGGCCUACGAGUACGCCCAGUCCCUGGGGACACAGGCCUGCUCCUUACCCAGCUUCCAGGUGUUCAAGUUCAUCUACUCCUGCCGCCUGGCCGAGAUGGGGCUGGCCACGCAGGCCUUCCACUACUGCGAGGUGAUCGCCGAGAGCAUCCUGGCGCAGCCCCACGGACACUCCCCGGUGCUGGUCAGCCAGCUGGUCCAGGUCGCCUCCCAGUUGCGCCUCUUUGACCCUCAGCUGAAAGAGAAGCCAGAGGAGGAGGCGCUGGCGGAACCCGCCUGGCUGGUGCGGCUGCAGCGCUUGGAGAAGCAGGCCAAGGAGGGCACCGUGGCCUGGAGUCAGGACGGGGCCUUCCCGCAGCGCGGUCCCAGCUCGCCCAGCUCCGAGGCGGGGCCCUGCGAUGGUCCAGCAGUCACCCAGCCAGCAGAUCUGGGCACUGCCAACCCUCUGCUGGCACCCCCCGUGCCCGGUGCGGAGCACUUGAGCCAGGACGUGCGGCUGAUGCCCUCCGCUCCGCUGUUGCUCCCCGAGGGCCCGCUGGCUGUCCCCGCCAAGGGGCCAGUGUUCCCGGUGCCGCCUGCCCUGGGCCCUGCUGAGCUGGGGCCCGGCUGCGGGCCCUCGGGCUGUGCACUAGGCUUUCCAGAGCCCCCGGGACCUGACCCUGCAGCUCUGUACCCAGGGCCCGGCCAGCCGCCUGCCGCACCGUCUCUCCAGGAGGCCCGCAGCCAGGACCCAGGAGGGACGCCGCAGGGGGCGCCCGGGAGAAGCACGUUUCCAGAGCUGGAAGAGGAUUCUGGUGGAACGUUCGCUGCCGUGGGCUCCCCGAGGCUGUCGCGGGAUUCCGGGGCGUCUCCAGGCUGGGGGAGCGCCAGCGCGGGUGCCCUGCAGCCACCUCCGCCCGUGACCUCCACGCCCGAAGUGAAGAGAGCCGGCCCGGCGGCCAAGGAGCCCAGGGAGCCUAAGAAGAGCGGCGAAUCCUGGUUCUCCCGCUGGCUGCCGGUGAAGAAGAGGACGGAGGCGUACUUGCCCGAUGACAAGAACAAGUCGAUCGUCUGGGAUGAGAAGAGGAACCGGUGGGUGGACGUCAACGAGCCGGAGGAGGAGAAGAAGCCUCCGCCCCCGCCUCCCACGGCGCUUCCCAAGGCUGCGCAGGCCGCCCACGCCGCUCCCGGAGGGCCCCCCAGGGCCUCUGUGAACGUGUUCUCUAGAAAAGCAGCCGGAACCCGAGCGCGCUACGUGGACGUCCUGAACCCCGGGGGGCCCCAGCGGAGCGAGCCGGCCCUGGCUCCCGCUGAGCUCUUCGCUCCUCUCGCCCCGCUCCCGAUGCCCGCGCACCUGUUGGGACCAAACCCAGAAGCAGAGGAGGCGCCGCCCGCAGGGGGGACCAGCAGGGAAGGGCCGUUGCCAGCGGGGGCCCCCGCCACCCCAGAGCCGGCCUCGGAACCCAAGGUGUCAAGCUCUGCAGCUCUGCUCCCGGGCCCGGCACCCCCACCCUCUGGAGCGGACGGUCCCCAGGGAGGAGAGCUUUCACGCUGUAGCUCCCUGAGCUCGUUGUCACGGGAAGUAAGCCAGCAUCUUAACCAGGCUCCCGGCGACCUCGCCCCUGCGGGCGGCCCCCCCGGGGCAGCAGUGCCCUUCUACAACCCGGCUCAGUUCGCCCACGCCUCGGCCGCCUCGGGAAGUUCACGGACCGGAAGGAUUAGCCAGAGGAAGUACCCGGCGCUGAGCUAGGCCCGUCGCUGCUCUGGACUGGCAUCCGGAGCCCUGAGGGGGUGACGGCCCACCAGGAGCUCAGGCCGAUGGCCUGCGACCUCCCCUCUGCCCCCACUGGACGUGGCCGGCGGUCAGAAAUCCCCUCGUGUCUCUUCCCCGCCGGUCUCUGUGAAGACGGGCAGCGCUCCUGCCUCAGCUUGAAGAUGCUGGAUGAAGAGGGACUCUGACAUGGGGUCUUUGACCUAAAGGAGUGACACGAGGCCCCAGCCCCUUGGUCGCCUGAAGGUGUUACCACCAGGGACCCCGAGGCCUCUUGGCCGCAGGGGGCUCUGCUGUUCGGUAACUAAGGCACCUCUCACAACCUAACAGCGAGUUAGUGCCAGGCAACCCCAGGGGCCUUGAAGGGGUUGGAAGGAAACGGUGAAGCUUCGACUCAAGAGAAAGGCAGAUGCCCGCUUGGCGCCCAGAGGCGGUUUGCUCCCUGCCUCACCACUCUUGAGCCUGGAAGCCGCUGUGGGUUAACUCAGCAACAGUUCCGUUGGGUUUUGAGAGAGGCCCUGGCUACCGAAGCCCUUGUCUCCUGUGGCAAAGCCGUGUCCAGCUCUGCCUAGUCUCGUGAGGGCUCCCGCACCCGGAGGACGGGGCCUGCCGUCCAAGGCGGUGGGGCCAGUGCGGAAGAGGGCCCCGGAGUCUUGACCCACACUGACCCGUCAGCCGACGGUACAGCCGUGGCUCGUGGGUUGGGUUGGCCUUCCGAGCGGUGAGCUGCGGGUCGACCCGCUCUCUGCAGACGGGCCCUGCCGAGUUUCCUCCGGGCUGGUUUCCGCAGUACCAGCCAGUGGGCUUCCUCCCGCCCGGGCACCUCGCCGAAGGAGUGGGCAACAGCGCCAAGAAAGCGGCUAAAAGGACCUCUCUUCGGAACCUCUGGUGUCUCUGCCCUGCGUUCUUCUCACACUGAGACCUUCCGUGGCUGACGUGCCGGCUCAGCCCCGUGAAACCGCGAGGGAGACUCCCAGGGCCUCCCCGCUCCCCGGCUUCACCGACUGUUCCCAAGACUCUUCACGUUCACAUUAAGCCUAAAGGGACUGAGAAGGAUUUACAUAUUUGUAAGAACCAUCAGGAAGUAAUCUCUGCAGACCGCGGGGGAUGCGGCUGGCCGGUAUUUUCAUCCACGUGUGGGGCUCCUGUGCACGUGGGGUCUGCACAAGCCCUUCGGGUUCGCCUGAUCCCGAGGAAAGACCCACAACGGUUUCCAGAAUGUUUCACGGGGUGUCCCCUUGGGAGAGGGCCGACCUGUAGACGGGCCGUCGGGAGUCGCAGUCUCCUGUCCGCUGCGAUUCCUGGGACCCGAGACCCGCCUGGCGCCGUUGGCUUCCUGGGCAGCCCACCCAUUGUUCUCCGUGUUGACUGCCAGCGACUUUUGAUUCAAGACGCUUCCUCCUAGGCGGGAGCUGCUAUUUUUCCUAAAUGCAAAUUGUUAAAUAAAAUAUUUUGCGCUCUCAA